GAGCACCAAUAUUAUAUGGAAUCACGCAAAUCUAUUUGCUGAGCAUUUUUAGCAUUGUAGAUGAUGGUUUAUUUGAAAGUUCAAAAUUGGGUACAUAUUAUCUGUAUUUGAUGAUAAUGUUUACUUUAAUUUUCUAUGGGUUCACUGCAUUCAAGGAUCCAGGAUUUGUUACCAUCAGUGAUUAUUAGUACACAGAUAGUUCGAAUCCAUAUUAAAAAAAGCGAUAAUCAUUUCAUCCACUUCCAGGCAAUUCUCAACUGAGAACAAAGGAGCAAGUUCCAGAAGAACGAGUCGAUUUAAAAGUUGUUGAAUAAGCUAAAGAGAAGCCUAAGAAUAAAGAUGAAUUUGAAAUGGAAUGCGAGGCUUCGGUUGAUGAAUAGAAUUUCCCUGACAAUGAUAUUCAUAAUAUGGACAAUAAUGCCAAGUCUUAUGAGAAAACCCCAGAGAAAUCAAGGACUCCGUCUAAAAUGGUUUCGCAAAUGCAAAGUCCACAUCAGAACAAUGCUCGAACCUCUUAAGUGCUUUCUCAAGGGAGUACAAAGCCUGAUAUCAAUAACAAUAACAAUCCCAACACACAAACAGAACCUCAAUUCAAUUAUCAAUAGGAAAUCAAUGUUGAAUAAGUUGAACAUCAAUAAUCACCCAAAUCUGCGAACAAUGAUAAAAACAUAGAUCAAAGUGUACAUCACGGGAAUAGUAUGUUUAUUGAGAAGAGAUACUGUCCCAUUUGCAAUCAAGAUUAAAUCAUACGCUCUAAACAUUGUAGAAAGUGCAAUAGAUGUAUAGCAUUGUAUGAUCAUCAUUGUCCAUGGACCAGCAAUUGCAUUGGGGAACGGAAUAGAUGUGUGUUUUAUUGGUUUCUAUUUUUCUAAAUCUAAGAAAUCAUAUACGUUAUGAGAGCAGCUUUUCCACACCUUGACUUCUCUUAAUACAGCGGAUGGUUUUCAUUGAUGGUCAUAAUCAGUAUAAUAGUAUCAAUAUUAAUGGGAUUGAUGGUUCUCAGUUUAUUUCUAUUCCAUUCUUUAUUGACUUGUAAGAACAUGACCACCUGGGAGUAUAAGAGUUGGAAGAGGAUAUCAUAUCUUAAAGAUUUUCCAUAAUAAUUAGGAUCACCCUUUAGCAGUGGAUGGAAAUAAAAUCUUCGCUAGUAUUGUCGUUUUUCUGUGCCUAAAUUGACUAAUUGGGAAUAUAAUACAUAAAAUCUGAAUUUUAUAAAAUGA